UUUAGUACUGUUAGUCACUUUCAUUAACUUGAAGUUCAACCUACUAAACUGAAAACUCUUCUUCUCUGUCUUUCCCUUUCUUUUCAUCAAAUCAAAACCAUCAAUAUCACCAAAUGCAUAAAUUAUGAUAUGUUAAGCUAAUCAUAAUUUCAGGGUAUUUCUCAUACCCUACGCUAUUGAUUUUAUCAGAGGUGGUCCAAACUCCAAAUCUCCUAAAUCCCCACUUUUUUUAUUAUCAUUUUUUUCAUCGAAAAAGAAGCUGAUUUGGACUCUGGAUUUGAGUUCCCAUUAAUGGAAAACGCUUUAAGAUUCUAGGAUUUCUUUCCUUUUUCUAAAAAGGAGGGCUCUUUGAUUUUUAGGGGAGAGGGCGGAAGGGGUGCGGGCGUUCUGCUUGAAGAAAGAGGAUGAAGGACUUGAUAGGAAGUCCAGGAACGGUGAGUGGGUUAACCCUAAGGAUAACCCAAAGUGCAUUUGCUGCUGCUUCCAUUGCAGUCAUGGUCUCCGCCUCUAAUUUCUCUACCUACACUGCUUUCUGUUAUUUGAUUGCGUCUAUGGGGCUUCAACUGCUAUGGAGCUUUGGACUUGCCUGUCUUGAUGUUUAUGCUUUGAGGAGAAAGAGAGAUCUUCAGAAUCCAGUUCUAGUGAGCCUAUUUGUUGUAGGUGAUUUGCAGGUUACAGCCAUGUUAUCACUGGCAGCUGCAUGUUCAUCAGCAGGGGUUAUAGUCCUGUAUGCAAGAGACUUGGACUUGUGCAGGGUUCAAAUUCAUCUCCCAUGCAGGCAAUUCGAAAUAUCGAUAAUUUUGGCAUUUAUCACGUGGGUUCUGAUCGCAAUUUCAUCUCAUGUCAUUUUCUGGAUCUUAGCCUCUUUCUAAAGGACUCGGGGGUUCCCAUGCUUAACAUUGGACAUAUACGCACAUAAUAGUAAAUGCUUCAUUUUCCUUUUCUUCCCCAUGCCUUUAAUUUUUUACAAUGUUGCAGAAUUGGAGAAGUUUGGCCUGUGCACAUUAAGGAUUUUUUGCUUUAGUUUUCAAGUUCAUUCAAAUCUUACUUGUUCUUAACCUAUUUCAAUCAUUAACAAAACAAAUCUAAAAUCGGUCUUGCGUUUCUUUCAUCUUCCAACAGACAUCACAUUUCGUUUAAUCCGGAGUAGUGUCAUUUUUUUGUCAAAAGAUAAGCAGCAA